AUGGCGAAAUCGAAUUUGACACCUGACGAGAAUGUUAAUCUAAUAAAUGAAGAAAAUGAGUCAACAACCGAGAUAGAUCUGUCUGGUAAUAUUGAGGAAGACCCCGUCAAGAAGAUUGUUCACUAUUCACUAGGACAGAGGAUAAAAACACUGAACUUUCCCGGAGGCAUCCAAGUCAAGGAAUGGUUCCUGAAACAAAAAGACGGCCUCAAACCCUGGGCAGAUUUUGCUAAUACUCAGAAAUUUUCGAAGCCUAAAACAGUGGCCGAGGGCGGGCAAAGGCUGAUCAGGAAUGUGAGCAGAUUCAAGAGCAAUUACUUAUAUGUAUCCCUCGGAUUACUUGCUUUUACAUUACUGACAUCGCCAUUCCUGUUGUUGACGCUAGGAGCAUGUCUGGGGGCUUGUUACAUGGUCAAGGUCAAAAAUGCUAACAGGAAAAUCAUUGUCAUGGGGAAAGAACUGUCAAUGACUCAGCAGUAUGCGGCCGUCGGUAUGAUCUCACUUCCAAUUCUUUGGUUGGCUGGUGCUGGUACCGUUGUGUUCUGGGUUAUCGGUGUUUCGAUGGUUGUGAUCAUCCUGCAUGCAGUGUUCCAUUCUGUCUCGACCGAUGACGAUGACAACGAUCAACUUUUUGACAUCCAGAUGAACACUGUCUAA